AUGCCUAAAAUUCAAAAAUAUCUAAGACACAUUGAUAUGUUGGUUACUCCGUAUGAGUUUAAUGUAACAAAGAGCUAGAAAUCACUAACAAAACUAGGUACUCAAAACAUUUAAUUUAGGGGGUUUUUUUUCAAUUGCAAUUUUAGCACUCAUGAUUGUGUAUACAAUAAGUAUCUUUAUCUCUUCGAUUUCAAAAUCUGGAUCAAUUUAUGCAGGAACAUAAACAUCGAGUGAUUUUUAAUAUUUAGAUCAGAACACUUCUCGAUUUCUAUUACAGUUAUCCUAUUCCUAAAGUGGAGAAAUAAUUAAUUACGAUUCAGAAUUUCAAACGUAUGUAACUGAUAUAGAUCAUAGAUAUUUGUAAUUUAAGGUUGAAUACAUUAAUCAAGUAAGGCCAUAAAAUACAUCCCUAUAUAAAAGAGAGAUAAAUAGGCUUAAUGUUUCAUAAUGCACCUCAGAUGUCAUUGAUGAAUUUAAAUUCAAUACACAAUCCAUAUCUGAAGAUUAGAAACAUAAUUUCAUUUGUUUCAACGGAGGCUACAAAUUAUCUGGUUCAUUCUUUGAUCCAACCUACAACUAUUUGAAAGUUUCAGUUCUAAAGUGCAGCAAUUCUACGACUUGCAAAUCGAUUGAAGAGAUAGAAAGAUUAUUAAACAAGGGGUAACAAUAUAGUCUAAGUUUUGCAUAGCAUUAAUGUGAAUAUCUUCAUUUAGGAUUCUAAAAUCAAAUAGACUUUAAAUAUGACACAACCUUCUGAAGAAAGUGCUUAUAUUGUGUUUUGGAGAUUAAAUGUAGGCAUAGCAAAUGGAGAAGACAUAUUUCUAUAACCAAUCCUAAUUGACUUGAUUAAUAGUAAGAAUGUUUUUAGUUCCUUAAUAAACAAUGAAGAAGCAAGAACUCGAAUCUUUAGAUCUUCUAAGGUUGAGAAGCAAGAGAGAAGACAAUAUCCCAUAACUCUGAACACAACAGAUGAAUUAUGUGCCUUCUAUCUAAGGACUUCUUCGGACUCCCAAUAUUUCUUUGCCUCAAAAACAGAACCUUUCAGUGUGUUUCUUGAUGCAGUGUCUUAGGCUUCGGGAUUAACGGUGGCAAUCUUAGGAUUCGCAAAGAUUCUAUAUAAAAUCUACAUAGCCCAUGAAACUUAUGUGAAGGUCAUGAAUUAAGUGUUUAAAUUUGAUUUCAGGGAUAGUUCUGUUAUAAAGGAGAGCGAUAGCUUUGAAUCAAGUGGGAAAACAGAUAAGAGGAAAGGUUUAGAUUAAUUAUAUUCAAAUUAGUUAGAUUAUUCAUUUUUAACGUAUCUUCAAUUUGAAUUAAGUAAGAUUUUGGGUGAUAUGUGUUUAUUCAGAUGUUGCUGCAAAAAGACUUAUGACAAGAAAACUAUUAUGGCUUAAAUUGCAAAGUCUAAGAUUAUGUCAGAUUUGGAAUUAUCAAAUAUUGUGAAGAAGUUGUAUGAAAUCGAUUCAUUGAAAUUGUUUUUGUUUGAUGAUGCCUAACUGAAAUUAUUCAAUAGUUUCUCGGAACCAGUGAUUUAUAAAAAAAUUACAGACCAUAAAGAUGCAUUAAAGAAAAUCAAUAAAGACUAUUACAGGUCAGUGAUGAAAGGAUCUUUUAUAGAAAAAUAUCAGUUUAAAAAUCAGGUGUCUGGUCCAAUGGAUGUUAGAGAUGUAUUCUCAUCGAAAGGUAUCUAGAUUAUCAAUUGUUUUCAGCUCCGAUUGAGUUGCAAUUGUCUAAAGUCUCUCGUUUCUUUAAGGCUUAAAUUAAAGCAUAAAGUGGAGAAGAAUUGCUAGAAUCAUAUUCGAAAAUAUAAUAAGGAGAAAACUACAAUAAAAAGAUGAAUGAGCAAUUACUCAACUUUAUUUAAUACAAUACCAUUUUAUAUCAGAUGGUAGACCUAUCACAUAAAGUAUAGUUUUAAGUUAAACUUAGAAAUAUUCAUUGAAAUCUAUUGAAAAAGAAGAAAUUAAAUUGAUAAAAGCAAAAUCUCAAUAUUCUAAGCUUCCGCAAAUGUCUCAAAAUUUAGAAAACUAUAUCAUUGAUGAAGGAAAGGAUUCUGUUUCUGCUAGUUCUCGGAAUUCCGAAAUUUCAAUUUAAAAAUACGGAUAUAUUAAUGCGAAUGGAGGUGAUAAAUAGAUUGAAUAUGAUGCGAUCUAAGAAAAGGAGGGAAUUCAAUCCAAUGAAAUAGAUGAUUUGUCUAAAGAAAGAGGAUUACAAAUUCGUUGA